UCACCCACCAAAGAGAUAAGGUCGCGUUACAGCAGCCGAAUCCAUCACCAGACCGCGGCAGCCUUCUCUCUUCUCGCUCUUUGCUGCUUAACUCCAUGGCGCUGUCCGUAUUACUGGAGAGGCCGUGGAGCCUGGGAUUGGGCGUGGCGUGGCUGCUGCUCUUGGCCUGCGCCGUGUGGGCGUUGAACUGCGCGUGGUGGAGGCCUAGGCGACAGGACCGCUUGCUCCGGGCGCAGGGACUCCAAGGCACUCCUUACCGCUUCCUCCGCGGCGACCUCAAGGAGGACGAGCGCCUCCUCGCGCAGGCGCUCUCCAAGCCCAUGCCCCUCUCCCACCACAUCAUCCCUCGCGUCGAACCUUUCCUCCACGCCGCUAUGAACGAUCUCGUCUCAAUUGCAGGCAGCAGAUUCUUCAGCUGGUUUGGACCUGUGCCACGAGUGAUGAUCAUGGACCCGGAAUUUGUGAGGGAAAUCCUAUCGAACAAGUUUGGUCAUUUUGAACGAGAAACUCUAAGCCCCGUCGGACGAGCUUUAGUUACUGGUCUUUUAAGCUAUAAUGGGGGAAAGUGGGCCAAACACAGGAGGAUUCUGAACCCUGCUUUCCAUGUCGAGAAGUUAAAGCGGAUGUUGCCGGCGUUCUCUACUUCUUGUGGUGAUCUCGUCGGCAGAUGGGAGAAUUUGGUCGGCCAGGAGGGAUCCUGUGAAUUAGAUGUUUGGCCUGAGUUCCAAUACUUCACCGGAGACGUCAUUUCACGAGCAGCUUUCAGCAGCAACUACGAAGAAGGUAGACGAAUUUUCCAACUCCAACUCGAGCUCGCUCAACUCGUCGUUCAGGCUAUCCACAGUGCUUAUAUACCGGGUUACAGAUUUCUGCCUACCCCAAUGAAUAACAGAAUAAAAGCGAUCAAUAAAGAGAUUCGAUCACUUCUACGAGGUAUAAUAAGGAAGAGAGAGGAAGCUAUGAAAACUGGUGAAGCAAGCGGCCAAGAUCUCUUGGGCUUGUUGAUGGAGUCCAAUAUCAAGCAAUUCCAGGAGCAUGGGAACAAGAAUGCUGGGAUGACCAUCGAUGAAGUGGUUGAUGAAUGCAAGCUAUUCUACUUUGCAGGCCAAGAAACAACUGCUAUCUUGCUUACAUGGACGAUGGUGGUCUUAAGCAUGCAUCCCGAAUGGCAAGAAAGGGCUAGAGAAGAGGUCCUGCAGGUCCUUGGGAAAGACAAACCAGAGAUCGAUGGUUUGAACCGUUUGAAGAUUGUGACGAUGAUACUAUACGAGGUUCUUCGGUUGUAUCCACCUCUGCUACUCAUCCAGAGGAGAACAUACAAGACGGUGGAAAUCGGAAACGUAUCGUACCCACCAGGAACACUGCUCGCAAUGCCCAUAGUUUUCCUUCACCAUGACCAAAUCUUGUGGGGCGAAGAUGCAAGUGAGUUCAAACCAGAGAGAUUCGCGGAAGGGAUAGCAAAGGCGUCGAGAGAUCAGGUUGCUUUCUUUCCGUUCGGCGGGGGUCCUCGCGUUUGCAUCGGUCAAAAUUUUGCGUUGCUGGAAGCUAAGAUGGGAUUGAGUACGAUUCUUCAAAGAUUUUGGUUUGAGCUCUCACCAUCGUAUGCUCAUGCUCCUCACAAUGCCGUCACGCUUCGACCUCAACAUGGUGCUCAACUGAGAUUGCACAAACUUGGAGUCGUCUCGUAACAAGCAGAAUCUCACUUGGGAGAUUAUGGUUCUGCGAUGCUUUGGUGCUUUAUUUACCGUGUAUUGUAAAAGGCUAUUUGUAGUUUGGAUUAGAAAAAUGAAGUGGUGGUUAAUAUUGUGCAAUGUUAUUGUCAUUUAAGACUAAAGCAUGUAAAAUGAGAGAAAACUCUAUCGCUUAUCUUAUGCACUC